GGCAAAGCAAAAGAACCAAAAAAAAGCACACAAACAUAUCGCUGGAGAGAAUUAAGCUGAAGAAUUGAGGUUGCAGUUUUGUACUCUGUUUUUAUUCUACUAUAUAUUCGAAUUCGAGUAGAAAGGAAAGGUAAUUAGCAGACUGAGAGCAUAGCAUGGCUUAUGUUCCACCUCACAAACGACCUACUUCCAAGAACGAUGACCAUAAUCAUGAAGGUUCUUCAUCACAGACUCCAUUACCAAAGCCAGCUUUUCCUCCAUUUCUCAUCAAGGAAAACAAUCUCAAACACAAGUCUGCUGCUCGAACUACCAGUACUACUGCCCACUACCGGGGCCCAGGUUAUAAAUAUGAUGGUAUAUUCAGAUGGUUCGCUGUUGGUUUGGAUGAUCAUAAUCACUUGCCUCCUUCUGUUCAUCUCCACUCUGUUUCUGGGAAAAAUCUCAUCCAUGGGAAAAUUUCAGAGCGUCAAGUUUUAUACUGCGACAGUGAUGAGAGCUUUACAAGACGGCCAUGGGAGUACAUAGCAGAAGAUGUGCUGCAAGGCUUGCUUUCUUCUUUUGCGUAUAUUAGGGACACUAUGAAUCAGAACCACGUAAAAGUUACUUCAGAUGUAAUCGCUAGAAUUGGCAAAGUACUUUUUUUUAGUGGGCCUUCAUAUUAUGGAAAAAAAAUAGAGGAAGACUCACUGAGGCCGCGGAGAAGCUCAUUUUACACAAAUAUUCCAGAAUCAUAUGUGGAGUACUUAAUAAAUGAAGGUGCCUCAAAGAGUGGGCUUGAAUUUGAGGAGGAGAGAGAAGUGUAUCGUGUUUGUAUUGAGCACCACCUUACGCGUUACAAUAUCACGGACAUAUCUUGCCUCGAAAAGAAUUUGGACAUGAGGCUCUAUCUAGUCACUAAAAGAACUAUAUCUGUUCUUACUGAUGAGGACAUGCAAAGCCUGAAAGAUUUGAUUAGUUGUGCUAUUGUUGAUACAAAUCUUAAGAUUGGUCUGAGAUGGCCUUCGGGGAAGACUGUGUCUGGAAAUAAAUAUUUCUUGGGUAAAGCAUGGCGCAUAACAAAAAAAGCAUUCAAGUGUCCAUCGCUAACGCUACAGAUCAGAGAUGUUUUUCGGUCUACAAGUGAGGAAGCUAAAAGGGAGGUUACUGUUAAGUUUAAAGGAUUAACUUCAGAACUUCUGAAAGAAGAUGCUGAUAGGAAUCUCAUCAGUGAAAUGCUUAAGGAUGACUUGAAGGUUCUAUGGGACAACGUUCUUUGCUGUGAACGCUUUCCAAAAGAAAUUAGUCUUGGUUAAAGUAAUAGACCAACCUGGUUUGCUGUUGGUUAAUUUUGAUGAUCAUGAUCAGUUUCCAAACUUAUGUUCAUCUCCAACCUCCAGCAGAAGAUGGUGUUUUAGUUAACAGUGAUGUUGCUAAACAUUAAUUAGUAAUUGUCUGUGUUUUUGGUUGCUUUUUUCUAAUUUUGACAAUUGGAUAAGGAAAUUGUUUGAUUAUGUUUUGCUUCAUAGAGAGUGAAAUUGUUUGAUUAAUAACAGGCUUGUGGUUGCCUCUUCUUUUGGAUUGGUCUUGAUGAUAUCUCUUCUAUAUGCUUAGAAAGGGUUUUUCUCAGAUU